AUGGAGGAUGUCUGCCAUUAUACCCGGAGCCCUGCCUGGGAGGAGCUGGAGCCGGAUAAAGGUCCCGGGUCUGUGGCGAAGAUCCACCCCCACGUGGUGGGCGCCGUCUCGGUGUCCGGUGCGGCGGACGAGUCUUCUGACAGCGAGGUGGAACAAGAGGGUCCUCAAAAACUCAUCCGGAAAGUUUCCACCUCAGGACAAAUAAGGAGCAAGACGAGCAUAAAGGAAGGAUUGUUACUGAAACAGACCAGCUCCUUCCAGAGGUGGAAGAAGCGUUACUUCAAGCUGAGAGGCCGAACACUCUACUAUGCGAAAGACGCCAAGUCCGGCAGCGCUUUGGGCCGGUGGCAAGAGCGAGCGCUGCGCCGGGCAUCCCGGAGCCGCGUUUGCUGGCGAGCUCUGUCGGUGUGCUGGACCGGCGCGCGGUGCUCACCCCCGCCUCUGGCUGCCGGCGGAUCUGAGGAGGGCCUAGUGAGAAUUCGGUCUCUCAUCUUUGACGAAGUGGACCUGUCAGACGCCAGCGUUGCCGAGUCCAGUACCAAAAAUGUCAACAACAGCUUCACGGUGAUCACCCCUUUCCGUAGGCUGAUUCUUUGCGCCGAGAACCGCAAGGAGAUGGAGGACUGGAUCAGCUCGCUCAAGUCCGUCCAAUCCAGAGAGCAUUACGAGACGGCUCAGUUUAAUGUGGAACAUUUCUCAGGGAUGCACAACUGGUACGCCUGCUCACACGCACGGCCCACUUUUUGCAACGUCUGCAAAGAUAGCUUGUCGGGGGUCACGUCUCACGGUCUCUCCUGCGAAGUGUGUAAAUUCAAGGCCCAUAAACGCUGCGCGGUUAGAGCCAUUAACAAUUGCAAAUGGACUACUCUGGCCUCCAUUGGCAAAGACAUCAUCGAGGAUGAAGACGGGAUUGCGAUGCCCCACCAGUGGCUGGAGGGGAACCUGCCCGUCAGUGCCAAAUGCGCCGUGUGUGACAAGACAUGCGGUAGUGUGUUGAGGCUGCAGGACUGGCGCUGCCUUUGGUGCAAAGCCAUGGUGCACACAGCCUGCAUGGACCUGUACCCUCGCAAGUGUCCUCUCGGCCAGUGCAAAGUUUCCAUCAUCCCCCCGACGGCCCUUAACAGCAUCGACUCAGAUGGCUUCUGGAAGGCCACCUGCCCCCCUUCCUGCGCUAGUCCCCUCUUGGUCUUCGUCAACUCCAAAAGCGGCGACAACCAAGGCGUCAAGUUCCUUCGGCGCUUCAAGCAGCUGCUCAACCCGGCGCAAGUCUUUGACUUGGUCAAUGGUGGCCCACACCUGGGUCUCCGCCUUUUUCAGAAGUUUGACAACUUCCGAAUCCUUGUGUGUGGUGGUGACGGGAGUGUAGGCUGGGUGCUCUCGGAGAUCGACAAACUCAACCUACAUAAGCAGUGCCAGUUAGGGGUGCUGCCUCUCGGCACAGGAAACGACCUGGCGCGCGUGCUGGGCUGGGGCCCGUCGUGCGACGAUGACACGCAGCUACCGCAGACCCUUGAGAAGCUGGAGCGAGCCAGCACAAAGAUGCUGGACCGCUGGAGCAUCAUGACCUACGAGAUAAAGAUCCCUCCCAAGCACGGCUGUCCCGCCACGCCCGAGGGUACAGAUGGCUGUCAGUUUCACAUUGCGGCUUACGAAGAUUCCGUGUCGACUCACCUCACCAAGAUCCUCAACUCAGAGCAGCAGACUGUGGUCGUGUCCUCCGCCAAGAUCCUGUGUGAAACGGUGAAGGAUUUUGUCAUCAAAGUAGGAAAAGCCUAUGAAAAAAGUGCAGAGAGUGCGGAAGAGUGCGACUCCAUGUCUCUCAAGUGUGCCAACCUGAACGAAAAACUGGACUCCCUCCUGCAAACGCUCAACAGCGAGUGCCAGUCCUUGCCUCCUCUACCCCACGCCACUCCUCCUAUUGUAGAAGAGGAGCGAGAGGAGGAGGAGGAGGUGACAGAGGGCGAAGAGGAGAAAACGGAAGAUGAGGCCGCCAGCGAAGAAAGCCUGACAGAGUUGAAGGAGAAGCUGGAAGAGGAGGAGACGGAGAAAUUCCCACACACGCUCUUCAAAAGUCGGGAGCAGCUGAUGUUGAGGGCCAACAGUUUGAAGAAAGCGUUGCGACAGAUCAUAGAGCAGGCAGAGAGAGUGGUGGACGAGCAGAACACCAACAUGGACGAGUCUGAGCCGACAUCCCCGCUUGAGUUUCGCAAAGACAGUGAAGAGGAGAACCGGGACAGCGAAAAGGAUGAGGACACCAAGGAGCUGGAGGCCUUAGCGCCUGUCAAGAGUGUGUGUUCUUCCACAGACAGGAGGGUGAGUCGCAGCACGCAGUCCUACAGUUCCUUUAGCAUCACGCCAUUCACCACCAGUAAGGAGAAUCUGCCUGUGCUCAACACACGCAUCAUCUGCCCUGGACUGAGGGCCGGUCUGGCGGCCUCAAUAGCAGGAAGUUCCAUCAUUAGCAAGAUGCUGCUGGCCAACAUUGACCCCUUUGGCGCCACCUCUUUUAUUGACCCCGACCUGGACUCGCUAGAGGGCUACAGUGAGAAAUGUGUGAUGAACAACUACUUCGGCAUCGGACUGGACGCUAAAAUCUCCUUGGAGUUCAACAACAAGAGGGAAGAACAUCCGGAAAAAUGCAGGAGUCGGACCAAGAACAUGAUGUGGUACGGUGUCUUGGGAACAAAGGAACUACUACAGCGGACCUACAAAAACCUGGAGCAAAAGGUCCAGCUGGAGUGUGACGGCCAGUACAUCCCCUUGCCCAGCCUUCAGGGCAUCGCCGUGUUGAACAUUCCCAGCUACGCUGGCGGUACCAACUUCUGGGGUGGCACCAAGGAGGAUGACAUUUUCUGCGCUCCGUCUUUUGACGAUAAAAUCCUGGAGGUCGUGGCAGUGUUCGGGAGCAUGCAGAUGGCCGUUUCCAGGGUCAUCAAGCUGCAGCACCACCGCAUAGCACAGUGCCGGACUGUGAAGAUCACAAUCUUGGGCGACGAAGGAGUUCCCAUCCAGGUGGACGGGGAGGCCUGGAUCCAGCCGCCGGGAGUCAUCAAAAUCCAGCACAAGAACAGAGCGCAGAUGCUCACCAGAGACAGGGCUUUUGAGAACACGCUCAAGUCGUGGGAGGACAAGCUGAAAUACGACAAACCACCUCUGCGGCCUCACCUCUACCCGCAACAGUCUGUUGACCUGGCCACAGAGGAGGAGGCCGCCGCCGUGCAGCUAUGCGCCCGCGCCGCGGAAGAGCUUAUCACCGGAAUAUGCGAAGCUGCUAAAACCAACGGCCUCUUGGAGCAAGAAUUAGCGCAUGCCGUAAAUGCGGCGUCACACGCAAUCAACAAAACGCACCCUAAGUUCCCUGAGAGUCUUUCCAGGAAUACGGCGAUAGAGGUGGCCAGCACUGUCAAGGCUUUGUACAACGAGACCGAAUCACUUCUUGUGGGCCGGGUGUCUCUGCAAUUGGACCCUCCGGAGGAAGAACAGCUUUCCGGUGCCCUGCAGAGUCUGGAGUUGGAACUGGGAAAAUUAGGAGAGAUAACGUGGCUCUACCACAUUCUUCAACCCAAUGAUGAGGAGGACCAAUCUCUGGGUUAUGGCAAGAGGAACAGUCGCGGCGGCGUCUUUCGCAUAGUACCCAAGUUCAAGAAGGAGAAGGCGGCCAAAAAGAGCAGCCCGCAGUCAGUGGAAAGAUGGGGCACGGACGAGGUGGGUGUCUGGUUGGAGCAGCUGAGUCUGGGAGAGUACCGGGACACCUUCAUUCGACACGACAUACGAGGCUCAGAGCUGCUGCACCUGGAGAGGAGGGACCUGAAGGAUCUGGGGAUAUCGAAAGUGGGUCAUAUGAAGAGAAUCCUCCAGGGAACUAAGGACUUGGCCAAGGCCUCCAUGCUAGAUCUUUAA